CCAGGGAAUAUGGCAAAAUGUGUAGAACUGCGGGAAAUGUCGUUUAAUGUCAUUUUAAUACAAGUUCUCUCUGCCCUUAAUACAAUUAUGUGACUUAGUAGACUUUCAUAAGCAGAGCGACUGUGAGAACAAACAUUUUCAUACUUCACAUUCUCAUGCUGGCCCUGAUGGAUAUUGAACCCACGACCCUUCAAUUUCAAAGACCAUUCUCUGCCAAAUGGAACCCUAGAGCAAGACAAAAGUUUUGUUGGUGGCGCCCCCAACCAAACCUUGCCUAGGGCCCCGAAAAGGCUAGGUCAGACCCUGAGCUUGUUUGAAUGUGUAUUAUUACGAGUUCACUGGUAGCCUAUCGGUGACUACAGUAUGUGUCUCGUUCAACUUUAUACUGGUGUACUCAACUAACCACGGAGAGCUGAGAGUGUCUGUUGUUUUCAUAAUUCUUUGGUGAGUUUUGACAAAGUGGGAAGCGUGAACUUAAACCAAACUUCUCAGUGGAGCCCAGCUGUGUGACGUCGAGUGUUGAGGGCGGACACUGCUUUAUAUAAAGCCCCGCACGACGGUAGCGCUCCAUGACAACAGAUCGGUCUCUCAUCGUGCCGAGGGAUGGAUAUACUCAGGAGUAUCGCUCACCAACCCACCAGUAACGCCAAAAUGUGUGAACAGUCAGUGAACAAGCCCUACGAGACCAAGAGCAAGAAAUCCGAUGAGCAAAUUCAUGCCAUACAGGAGAUGUCUCGGAUUAUAACAGAUCCUACGACCGGGAAAUGCUAUUGCCGAGGAAAAGUUCUGGGCAAGGGAGGAUUUGCCAAAUGUUACGAAUUCACAGAUUUGGCAUCAGGCAAAGUGUACGCUGCAAAGAUCAUUCCUCACACUCGGGUCUCUAAACCGCACCAAAGGGAAAAGAUUGAUAGAGAGAUUGAGCUGCACAGAGUUCUUCACCAUAAGCACAUUGUGCACUUCUACCACCACUUCGAGGACAAAGACAACAUUUACAUUCUAUUGGAAUACUGCAGUCGACGAUCGCUGGCCCACAUCCUGAAGGCUAGAAAAGUACUGACCGAGCCCGAGGUGAGGUACUUCCUCCGACAGAUCGUUUCUGGGCUGAGGUACCUCCACGAACAGGAGAUCCUGCACAGAGACCUGAAGCUAGGUAACUUUUUUAUCAACGAAUCCAUGGAGUUGAAGGUGGGGGACUUCGGUCUGGCUGCCAAGCUGGAGCCCGUGGAGAACCGCCGAAGGACGAUAUGCGGCACGCCCAACUACCUGUCCCCCGAGGUGCUCAACAAGCAGGGCCACGGCUGCGAGUCGGACGUCUGGGCGCUGGGAUGUGUCAUGUACACCAUGCUCCUUGGCAGACCCCCGUUUGAGACCACCAACCUGAAGGAGACGUACCGGUGUAUCCGAGAGGCGCGCUACUCGCUGCCCUCCUCGCUGACGUCCCCUGCCAAGCAGCUGAUCAGCAGCAUGCUGGCCAAGAGUCCUGCCGAUAGACCUCACCUGGAGGACAUCCUCAGACAUGACUUCGUCACACAGGGGUUCACCCCAGACAAGCUGUCAGCCAGCUGCUGUCACACGGCCCCAGACCUCAACCACGCCAGCCCCGCCAAGAGCUUCUUCAAGAAGGCUGCGGCCGCCCUGUUCGGAGGCAGCAAGAAGGACAAAGCCAAGUACUUGGAGACUUUGAACAGAGUGGCCAAAGAGGAAGAAGAGCUCACCCGGCUGACGAACGACCUGAGGAAGACUUCGGUCAGCCAGCCUCUAUUCAGACAGUCCUCUGAGGGCAGCAGCAAGCCCCCGUUGGGUCCUGCGUUGGUCCGGCCGGCGCCGUCUGGCGGGGAAGCCGUCAACAGCGCCAGCAAACAGCAGCAGCUGAGGGACACUAUCCGUCUGAUCGUCAGGGGCACCCUGGGCAGCUGUAGCAGCAGUAGCGAGUGUCUCGAGGACAGUACCAUGGGCAGUGUGGCGGACACUGUGGCCCGAGUCCUGAGGGGCUGUCUGGAGAACAUGCCGGAAGCUAACGACCUUCCCAAAGAGAAUAUGGGCUGCAGCUUCCAGUGGGUGACCAAAUGGGUGGAUUACUCAAACAAGUAUGGCUUUGGCUACCAACUGUCGGAUCAUAUCGUGGGAGUCCUCUUCAACAACGGCACUCACAUGAGCCUGCUUGCAGACAAGAAGACCGUUCACUACUACCCUGAGCUCGGCCAGUGUUCAGUGUUCUCCACCGGCGACGCCCCCGAGCCCUUCAUUGGUCAAGUCACCAUUCUGAAAUACUUCGCCCAUUACAUGGAGGAGAACCUGAUGGAUGGCGGCGACCUUCCCAAUGUGACAGACACCCGGAAGCCCCGCCUCUAUCUGCUGCAGUGGCUCAAGUCGGACCGGGCCCUCAUGAUGCUCUUCAACGACGGCACCUUCCAGGUGAACUUCUACCACGACCACACUAAGCUGAUCCUGUGCAGCCAGAGCGAGGAGUACCUGCUCACCUACAUCAACGAGGAGCGCGUCUCCACCACCCUGCGCCUGAGCACCCUGCUGAUGACCGGCUGCAGCGCUGACCUGCGCAGUCGCAUGAAGUACGCACUCAACAUGCUGCUGCAGAGGUGCAACUGAACGCCCAGGACAGCGGUCGCUCUGGGGUUUCCAUGAGCGUUUGGGUGACAAGAGACCCGGGAUUGGUUUAACGGGAGCGGGGCUCGUUGAUUGACCGGCGUACUGGGCAAUCCCAGAGUGACGUGGACAUGGCUUUGCUGGGAGGCUGUGGCAGUAUGUACGGGAUGGAAUGGAGGUAGAAUGGACUAAUCCCUUCAUGUAAACGAUAAGAGAAAAGGCUGGGUUGAAAAGAUAAGAAUAUACUGGGCUGGAUCCCGAUGUUACAUUACAAAAAGGAACUGAAACACUAGUGUUUUUUAAUGGACAAUCUUUCUGUGUUGAAGCAGAACUGUGUGUUGGUUGUUAAAGAUGCACAGUGGAUUUCUUUGAAUAAAUUCACGCGGUAGUUUAGUGUGGUACUCAAAAUGGGGUCCCUCUGUGUACUGAAUCCUUCAACAGUUUAUUAUGUCUCCCACUCCAUUCUUUUUUCUUUUUUUUUGGCGGGAGAUUUUAUAUGAAAUGUUACAAACAGAAUUCGUAACAUACCACACAAGUCUGUUGUGCUCAAGAUCCCACAGUGCAUCUUUAAAGGACGCCUUCAACAGGAUAGGGUUGGAUUGUGUAGCUCUCCAUAGAGUGGAGCAUUAAAAUGUGACUGAAAACGUUCCACAGCGAUUGGUGGGGAGUGGCCUUUUAUUCAUUUGCUAAGCCAAUCGCUUGGCUCAACCAUACCUGACUGUGACAUCAUCAAAGGUAGAAAAUGCCAGAGGAACUUCCAAGGACAUUUCACUCACCACAACGUGUAUGAAUAGGGUAACUUAUUACAUGGUGCGGUAUUUAUUUAUUUAAUAAAUAAGUCAUCUUUGUAUAUAA